AUGGCAGAGCCAUCUAGCGAAGACCCGAAACUGGAGUUGACGGAUGAAUUACGACAGCAGUUUCGUAAACUCGUGGAAGACGAAUGGGCUUGGGAAACGCCUUUCGAGCGUUCCGACUAUGACCGUGACGAUGACGACGACGAUAGCGAGACUUGUAAGACAGAAGAGCUCAGCCCAUACGAGAUCGCGGAGAAAUCUUGGCCAAAAUCCAAAUUCGCCCUGUUCACGGACUGGGAUGAGAAUCCUGACGAGCCAUAUAGCACGAAAUUCCUAGCGAAUGAGAGCACGGCCCAGUUCAAGGCUUUAAGGCUGACCCCAACUGACUUUUGCGAAUUGAUCAAGUCUCUCGAUAUCUGGGACCCCAAGCAGGUUCGUGACUUGAGAACGAAAACCAACCUCAAGUGUUACAACAUGCCCCUAACCAAGGCCGGUAAGCCGGAGAUCCCAUUCCCGCUAUUCAAGUAUGGUCGAAUGUAUUUUUAUAUCGACCUGCGGCCAUACGUCGAACCCGGGGGCCCUCUCGUCCCUAGAAGGAUACGGAAGCCGAAAGGGAAAACUUCAUCGAAUCCAUGCUGGGUCGAGUAUGACCCUCCAAUCAUUAUCCCACCUCAUCUCCGAAGUUCAGGAGACACAGAAUACAGCUCAAACUUACGCUAUGGCCUGGCGAUUGGAACAAUAGCAGCCUCGAUGGACGACGAUAUCGACAGAAACGACAGCAGGGCCAGCAAAGUACCAUUUGACGUCUUGCUUCAUCCUGCCGAUAAAAGCUUUUGGAUAGUCUUCAAAAACUUUGCGGUUUUACCUUAUUUUUUAGAGCAAUCACACUCUGAAGAGGGGCCACAGGCGAUAAGGAAGACACACCGUGGUUCUCUCUUGUGGGACUGGUGUGAAGCCGUGCAACCGGUCGCGGUUUGGCGCAUGUCAUUCUCUGACGUACAACGCAUCGCACAACGCCGCUCUUAUUCCGGUGGAUACAUCAGCAAGGUCAAUCCAGAGGUCGACGGAGAUGAGAAGGACAGCCCUAGACCCCAGGUGAUCGUGGACGCUCGUGAUCCUUUUUGGAACUCAUAG